AUGGCAAACUUGCACGCGAACGUGGAAGCGAAGUUCGAAGCGAUGAAUAAUGAAGUGAGAGGAAUGAAAAUGAGUUUAAAUGAAGUAAAAGAUGGUUUUGAUCACUUGAAAGAAGCAGUACUUGAGAAGAUAGAGAGCAAAGAAAGAAAGCAGGAGGAAAUCACAAGAGAUGUAGGUGGCACAGCGAGUGGCGGGAGAGAAAGUCAACAUAUAUUUGUUGCUGGUGGUGUGUGGAGAAACUCGGUAGAAAUAUUUAACUACCGUCAGAGAUUGUGGUCUUUAUUAAAGCCCAUGCUAGGGAGUCGUGAGAGCUCAUCUUCAUUUGUUUACAAUAAUCAUGUGACUGUAGCGGGAGGUUGGUGUCCUGAUGCUGCUCUAGAUAACAUGAUCCGAAUGAACAUUCACCCAGUCCCUGAUCUUACAAUUAAAUGGAGUGAUUUUGCUGCCAAACUUCCUGCCAAGGUGGGUGCACAUAGCAGUGUGGUCUACAAGAAUAGCUUGUUGGUUACUGGUGGUAUUAAUGCAGAUCAAGAUGUCUACUCUGACUGUAUUCACGACGUCCAACUUAAACCACCUUACACGGUUAAACUGGUAUCCAAGAUGCCUGAACCAAGAGUUCGUCACAGCACAGUACUAUGCGAUGAUAGUAUUUUGAUCGUUGGGGGAAGGAAAUCAUGGGACAACAAAGACAACCUCAGCAGUGUGUUAAGCUAUGACAUCAAGAAGAAAGAAUGUCAACAGUUACCUGCGCUUCCCUAUCCAGUGAGUGAAAUGGCGACAGUCAAGUGGGCUGAGAAUGUCGUGAUCAUUGGUGGGGUUGACAAGGAUGGUAAAGCAUUAAACAAUGUUAUAAUUUAUAACAUCAAGACUGGAAACAGUCAUAUGUUGCCUCCCAUGUUACACAAGAGGAGAGGAUGUAUGGCAGUUGUUAUUGAGAAUACAAUUGUAGGACUAGGAGGCGAGGAUGAGAGAGGGAAUGGUUUGAAAUCAGUUGAAGGUUUCAAUUUUGAGCGAUUUUCAUGGGAGGAACUUCCUGACAUGAAGGGAAAAAGAUACUUGGCCACAGCUGUUGUGAUCUAG